AUGUCAUUCUUGUCCCAGCGCUGCGCCCGGCAGCUUCUCCGGGAAUCAGGCCCUCGAGGCUCACUACCGCUUUUCCUCACCCCGGCAUUUCCCCCGCACGUACCCAAUGCUUCUCGACCACCGCUCCGACGCAAUCCCGUGUCGGAGAGCCUGGUCCGAACGCGUGGAAAGGAUGUGCCGAAGCUUGCUGCUCAAAUUAAGGGGCCCAAGGGCGAAAUGUCUCUUGAAAUCCCCUCAUUUCUGACCAUCGACCAUGAUACUGCUACUCAAAAGGCUACUCUUUCCGUUCAGGAUGUUGAGGUUCCCCAUCAGCGUGCCAUGUGGGGUACUAUCCGUGCUCUUCUGCAAAAUCACGUUACCGGUGUCUCUGAAGGCCAUAUCUGUAUCUUGAGUCUUGUCGGUGUCGGUUACAGAGCUACUAUCGAGGACACCGCUACUACCGUCGAACCGACAUACCCUGGUCAAAAGUUCGUUUCCUUAAAGGUGGGAUUCUCGCACCCGAUUGAGCUCGGAAUUCCCGAGGGUGUCACUGCCAGUACUCCCCAGCCAACCCGCAUCCUCCUCGAGAGUGUCGACAAGCGCAAAGUAACACAUUUCGCUGCUGAGAUCCGCGAGUGGAGGCGGCCAGAGCCUUACAAGGGCAAGGGUAUCUUCGUCAACGGAGAGACCAUCAAGCUCAAGGCGAAGAAGAUCAAAUAG